AUGACAAAAGAUCAAAAGGAAAAACAACUAGCAGUUGCAUUUGUUUGUUUGGGUAACAUUUGCCGUUCCCCAAUGGCUGAAGCAGUUUUUGCAGAAACAGUGAAAUUAAAUGGUCUUGAGUCCCAUUUCAGUAGAAUUGACUCAUUUGGAACAGCACGUUAUCAUAUAGGUGAACCACCAGAUGAUCGUAGCUCUUCUACAUGUAAAGCACAUGGUGUUCCAGUUAACCACAGAGCUCAACAAAUCAAAGAUCAUCAUUUUAAAGAAUUUGAUUACAUUAUUUGUAUGGAUGAAAGCAAUUACGAUAAUUUGAAAAGAAUAUGCAAAGAUAAAACACUUUGGGAUAAAAUUUAUUUAUUUGGUCACUGGAAUACUGAUGGAAAGUAUAAUAAGAUUGUUGAUGACCCAUAUUAUGGUGGUAUUGAGGGAUUUGAGUAUAAUUUUAACCAAGUAAAAUAUUUCAGUGAAGAAUUUUUAAAAAGAGAAUUGUAA